UAAGAAAGUUCAUAAGUUCUCUUUACUUUUGAAGGAUAAACGUAUGUUUAGGGUGAUAAUUGGUAAUUGUGAUUCUUCUCUGAUGGAAGACUUUUAUUGAAAAUUAUAGUUUUAUUUCAGCUCUAUUUGGAAGAAUGAAAGAACCUAAAAUGUGUUUGGACAGAGAAAAUAAGAAAGAAAGUGACCUGAGACUAAUUCAAAGCAAUGUGGUCUCUUGUAUUCUUAACAACGCUACCACCAGUUGACUUCUGAACAAGAAACUACUAUAAGUAUUUUGGUGGACAUUGCAAGUAAAAAAUGCUGUCUGAGAUAUAGAGGUAAGACCAGAAUAGAAUAGAAUAGAAUGUGAAUAGAGCAGACAUAGUGAAGCAAACUCUAUGGCAUAUGUUACUAAAGGAACUUGAAAACUAGUAUGUUGAGGGUCAACACAGUAACAAGCUUCUGGUCGAAGUCUUUCCAGCUCCCAAACUAAUGACCUAGCAGGGGACAGAGUCACAUUUUAAAUCAUAUGAUUAUUUACUCAAGUCUUUGCCAGUGUGUAUAAAUUUUCCUAAUUUCAACAACAGAGACAUAUCGAAAGGCAAGGAACAAAAUAACACACUAUUGUGAGGCAGGAAAAUCAACAGAACCAAACUUAGAUCUGAUACCAUACAUAGAAAUCAUCUAAUCAGCUGAGGCCACAGGCCAGCCAUACUCCAACCCAGACAGAAGAGCUGCAGGAACCCAAGUUCUGACUCACUGCUGAAGGGGACUUCACUGCAGAUGGGCCAGCUGCACCCGUUGUCAGACAGCAGCGAAGUAUCGUGGGAGAAGAGCCAAGAGCAUGAAGAGUCUUCUGCGACACAGGAUAUUCGCUUUGUUUCCAAAUGUCAUAGCUCGAAAAUUACUGCUGAUGCUGAUACUUAGCUUAGUUUUCUGGGUCCUUUACAUGUCUUCCAAAGAACACACAAAGCUCUUGAUCCACUGGGGAAACCCAAUUGCUCUCAAACAAUGGAGUGUCUUCAGAAAGUACUUGAACUGUCAAGAAGCUCAGACUCCACAUGUUUUGCCAACAGCUACGGAGCUGAGAGUCAGGGAGAUCAUAGAGAAACUAGACCGCAGGUUCCCACCCAGACCCUUCACCCACAUGAACGCCACCACCAGCGCGAAACACAGCCGAGUCAUCAUCCUCAACCCUAAAGACGCGUACUGCCAGGGGGACCAGCUGGACGUCCUGCUGGAGAUGAGGGACUUCUUGGGACACAGGAAGGAAUAUGGUGGGGACUUCCUGAGGGCCAGGAUGUCCUCCCCAGGCUUGAAGGCAGCUGCGUCGGGAAAGGUGACGGACUUCGACAAUGGCACCUACCUUGUGAGCUUCACUCUGUUCUGGGAAGGCCAGGUCUCUCUGUCCGUCGUGCUCAUGCACCCCAGCGAAGGGGUGUCCGCUCUCUGGAGGGCGAGGAACCAAGGCUACGAUCGAAUUAUGUUCAAAGGUAAAUUUCUUAAUGGCACUUCUGAAGUCUUCACUGAAUGUGGCCUGGCUUUAAACUCGAGUGCUGAACUGUGCCAGUACCUGGAUCUUCGGGACCAAGAAGCCUUCUACUGUGUGAAACCGCCGCGCGUGCCCUGCGAGGCCUUCAUUUACCUGAGCACCAAAAACAGACCACUUUCCUACCUUAGCAAGGGAGAAUGGAAUCUUUUUCACAGGUCCAACAUGGCAAUUGAAAUGAUGAAGAACUUGAACUCCAUCAAGGUCUUAUCAUGUAAUAAGACUGAAGAUAUAAAAAAGAAAUGUCAGAUUGGAAUGAAGUCUCCUUUCCCCAGUGGGUACGCUUUCAAAGGAAACUGGAAAACGGCAUUUUGCAAACUAAUGGAGUUUAGUGCAACCAAAAAUAUUCGCAGCUGUUUGGAAAGAAAACUCAUUUACCUCAUGGGAGAUUCAACUCUACGUCAGUGGAUUUACUACUUAAGCAAAGUUGUGGAAACCUUAAAGAAUUUCGAUCACCAUGGAAGUGGGCCCUUUAAGAGACAUGUUCUUCUGGAUAUUGAAAAACAUAGCUUGAUUCAAUGGAGAAAGCACAGUCACCCAUUUAUUACCGUAAACCUGUACUCCAUGAAAGAUGAAAACUAUAUCCCACGGGAAAUUGACCAGGUGGCAGGUGACAGUAACACAGCCAUUGUCAUUACCAUUGGUCAACACUUCAGACCCUUCCCCAUCAACAUUUUCAUCCGCCGAGCCGUCAACAUCAGAAAGGCCAUCGAACGUCUCUUCUUGAGAAGCCCGGGAACCAAAGUGAUACUGAAAACUGAAAAUACCAGGGAGGUACAUAACAACGCCGAGGUGUUCAGUGACUUCCAUGGUUAUAUCCAUAAUCUUAUCAUAAGGGAUAUUUUUGAAGACCUCCGUGUGGGUAUUAUUGAUGCGUGGGACAUGACAGUUGCGUACAACACUAAUGACCUCCAUCCGCCUGAAUAUGUUGUUUCGCAUCAGAUCAGGAUGUUCCUCAACUAUAUUUGCUAGAGGAAACAUACAGAAAGCCGCACUCGCCCCUUACUUUAGAUGGUCUCACCUGUAUUACAGGGAUAGAUUAUGUCAUCUGAAGUAGAAAGAAACUGACUUUGUUGCUGUUUUGCUGGUGUUAGUGUGUGAACUCAGGAUCUCAUACUUGCUCGGCUAGCUUAUUCAGCUAGUUCUCUACCCCCUGAGCUAAUCAUCCAUCUUCCAUUCCUUUUGGGUUUUUUUUUUUUUUUGCUGUUUAUUUUGGAGAUGGAGUCUCUCCUACUUUUCUGUGCAAACUGGUUUUGAACUGUGAUUCUGU